ACGCUCACAAUAACAAGGGACACCUGAAUGCACCGUGAGGUCCAGUCCGAGCCCGCACGUUUUACCUUAGUUGUUAGUUCGCAUAACUCACGGGGAAUGCAAAAUGUUGUCACACCGGUGACUUCAGGGAAGCAGGAGGAUUUUCACGUUCUGCGGUUUCUCCUGUUAACUCCGACUCGGCAGUGGCCAUGGUGUCUGGAAAAGUGCAGCUGAAGGCUACCGGAAACACGUUGUGUAAGUCAGGAAGCAUUGCUGUCUUCGGGAACGUGGUAUACAGCGGACUGCUGAACGAUCACCUCUGGCAUUUGGGAGUGCCCCUCUUUACAAGACUGGGUAACCAAGAGGCCACCAACCCCCCAGAAGCGAUGGCCCAGCCGUACACCCCAGCCCAGUACCCACCUCCCCCACAGAAUGGCAUCCCCGCAGAGUUUGCGGCACCGCACCCUCUUCCAACCCAGGACUACAGCGGGCAGAGCCGGGUUCCCGAGCACGCCAUGACCCUCUACACGCCCACACAGACGCACAGCGAGCCGGCCGGCACUGACAACAGCACACCCGCCAUCACCGCCACCACGACCGCACCGACAGAUGAUGUGACGCAAACAGAGGGCUCUCAGCAGCUCCAGCUCCAGCACUCAGACUCUUCAGAGAAGCAGCAGCCGAAAAGGUUACAUGUCUCCAACAUUCCCUUCCGCUUCCGGGACCCUGACCUAAGGCAAAUGUUUGGGCAAUUUGGAAAGAUUUUAGAUGUGGAGAUUAUCUUUAAUGAGCGAGGAUCCAAGGGCUUUGGGUUUGUAACUUUUGAAACAAGCACAGAUGCUGAUCGUGCACGGGAGAAACUAAACGGUACAAUCGUAGAGGGACGCAAAAUAGAGGUGAACAAUGCAACAGCACGAGUGAUGACAAACAAAAAAGUGGCCAACCCUUACACGAAUGGCUGGAAGCUGAAUCCAGUGGUGGGAGCUGUCUAUGGUCCUGAACUGUAUGCCGUAACAGGGUUUCCCUACCCUGCCACAGGCGCUACGGUGGCCUAUAGGGGUGCCCACUUGCGAGGUCGGGGACGGGCUGUGUACAACACAUUCCGCACAGCUCCACCGCCACCACCAAUCCCAGCUUACGGAGCGGUGGUGUACCAAGAUGGCUUCUAUGGUGCAGAGAUCUAUGGUGGCUAUGCAGCAUACAGAUUUGCCCAGCCCACCACCACCGCUGCUUACAGUGACAGCUAUGGCAGAGUCUAUGCAACGGCAGACCCCUACCACCACACGAUUGGCCCUGCUGCCACAUACAGUGUGGGGACUAUGGCUAGCCUAUACAGAGGAGGGUACAGUCGCUUCACUCCCUACUAAAAGAAAGAAAAAAAGCGAGAAAAGACAGAGACAUUACCCCAACAAACAAACAAAAAUCUCUUUAAAAAAAAUUUAAAAAAGACAAACACAUGACAAGCAAAAGCCCGGUCCUUGGUGGAGAGCUAAAUCAAACUAAAAGCUUCCAGGUCCCCAUGCUGAGCCCCUCCCCUGACACCCUCUCAAGCCGAUAUUUCUACAACAACCUCUUUGAUGUCAUCAUUGGUCUGCUCUUGUUUUGUAUUCAUUUUGUGCUUUUGGGUUUCUUUUGGAAAGUUUUAUGCACAUGUGCAUUCUCUUGAUUGCUGUAGAUGGGUGCUGUGUCACCAUAACCAAUGUGAGCCUACUGCAGCACGCAUGAUGCAUGCUCAGAGGUGUGUGUGUGCAGCCGCUGUCAUCUGACUAAGAAUAUACUGGGGCAUUUUUAUGAUAUAAAAAUAUAAACCGUACAAACAGGACAUAUACCAAGUCAGAUCAGGUUGCCACUGAUCACCGAUCCAUUCCAAUUACUUUUCUAACCUUCCAUUUAACAUGCAUAAAUCAAGCAACCAGUCCACACGCUGACUGACAUGCCUUGGUAAUUCUGAGCUCAAAGACGGCACUGCUCUGAUUGCUUUUGGUUUUCUUUAAACGUUGGAGUGUCCUACUGUGGAACCUUACAAGCUGUACUAUGUGGUAUGACAGCAUGCGGAGUAAAGGGUCUUAAAGGCCAGAUUUCUGUCUUGGACUCACAAUGCUCACACUCCGGCCCAGUCUCCUGCAAAUUACUGGACAUUUAUAUGCAACUAUUCUGCAUUGGCGGUUAUGUUUUAGGGGGAAAUGUAACGCUGGCUGGGUUACGUUCACGGACAAAGUUGCGUGGCUUUUAAAAUAAGAACAACCAAAGGUAAAUAUUGGGGGUGAGCAUUUUCCUUUCCCUCCAGCAACCUGGGCUUGCAUUGCUUCUCAUGACAGUAGUUGGCAGUGAUAUUUUUUAAACUUCACAGGACCAAUUGCAAAUUUAAACAGACUAAAUUCAUCGUGUGUUCUUACAGUAGCUGCCGUAAAUGACUUUACUCUAAGGGGUAUUAGUUUUGCAUUACACCCUGCUUGGUAAACCGCCACGUCUUUUUAACACAGGCAAAUUUGUUUAAAAAUAAAUAAAUCCCAUAAUUUGGUGAAGUGCCCUUUUUUAAGUGGCCUUUCUAUUUAUAAAAGUUAGCACUGAGUGUUUUGCAGUUUGCAGGAUUAUAGUUCUGUCUCAUAUGUUAAGCCUACUUCAAGAAAAUGUGUUUUGUGUUAGUAGCUGUGUCAGGUACAUUUUGCAGCCAAAUUGUAAUGUCUUAUUGGAAUGCAUCAUAAUGGAUGGCGUUUCAAAUAUUUUCUUCACAGAAAUUACAUUUUAAAUAUGGAGGAGCAGAAUUGGUGGACACAAAAUAUAAAACAUGACAGAACAGACUGUAGCUUCUAAAUAGGAUUAAUUACAAGACUGGAUUGGAUGCAAAUAGCCAAUUAACUUAGUCGAUUGUUAAAGAAAAUGGACAAAAGUUAUUGAUUCUCUGUUUUAGAUUAUUGUUAAACUGAAUUGAAUUUUUGUUCACAUUUCACAGACUAAAUAGUUAAUCACUUCAUAUUUGACUGCAGGGUUUCUUUCCUCAAAAAUCUAACCGCUAAGCGUAAAUAUGAACUUAAUUUGCAGGAGACAUGGCUGAAUAUCCUCACUAACACACCACGGCAGAUAAACUGUACUCAAGGUGCACUAUAACUAGGGCUGGGUAUCGUGUAUCGUAUACCAUGACUUCGAUACCAGUUCCUAAAAAUACUUUUUUUGAUACUAAUUUUAUACAAUCCAUUUUAACAAAAAGAAGUUUCAACAUU